GGAAGGCUCUUUGAUCAUGAAAAAUACUCCUGCUAGCGAUUUUUUCUCACCUUCUGAUGAAUCCAUGAUAAACUCGCUGGCAUCUGAAAAUGGCAUUUUAUACAGCUUAGAAGCAGUUAAAUAUUACGAUGAUCAUAUCAUAAACACCAUUGAUGAGGAACUUGAAAUGAUAUUGAAAGGAUUGAGCUUCGAAUCUGGGUUUCUUUUCAAGAAAGAUGCAACUUUUUUCGAUUUUCUGAAUAGAGUAAGAGAUGAAGAGCUUCUGCUUCAAUCAAUAGGGCUAUGGGAUGUCCCUCAUCCAUGGCUAAAUCUCUUCAUUCCAAGAUCAGGAAUUAUGGAUUUUAAUGAAGGUGUUUUUGUCGAUAUUAUUCAGAAACAAAACAGGAGUAGCUCAGGGCCAUUCCUCGUCUACCCAAUUAACCGAAAGAAGUGGGAUGAUAAUAUGUCAGUUGUUAUACCAGAAGAUGAUGAAGAUAUGUUCUACACCGUUGCGUUAUUAAACUCGGCUAAGGAUUACAAAGAUUGGGUGAUUAUGGAUGAACAAAAUACGGAGAUUUUAAAGUUUUGUGAUAAAUCUGGGAUCAAGGUCAAGCAAUACUUUCCACAUUAUGGAAAGAAAGAAGAAUGGAUGAAGCAUUUCGGCAAGAAAUGGGAUAUCUUUAAAAAGAGGAAAGCUCAGUUUGAUCCAAAAAUGAUACUCUCUCCUGGACAAAGAAUUUUUAAUUCUGAAUGAAGUUUUUAUAUGUAGUAACUAUUUUAUGUCGGAUUUAUGUAUGAAAAAUAAUUUAGGUAAUGCACUUUAGUUAUUUAAAUGUUAUAAGAAUAAUAUAUUAAUUAUGGAUGGAGAACACUAUUGUAGGGUUAAUUUAUUGUAAUAUUGGCAUGACCCCAUAUAUUAAUAUAUAUGUAUGAUAUAUAUACUUUUUGAGAAUUAAGUCG